CCGCCAUGUUAGAAGCGCCGCGGGGGAGAUGUUGAAACGGGGUUGCCUGGGCGGCGUUUCCUGCCUCGGGGCGGACCGGAGCCGCGGUGUCCGAGGGCUUGCCUUCCCGGGCGGCGCAAAGUCCGAAACUCGUUGGCCGCGGGUCCUAAUUGUGGGGGCGUACGCUUUCGGUCUCGCCCCCGCCCGGCUGUCCCCAAGAAUGCACUGCCAGUGGCAUCCUUGGGGACCCGACUAAGAAACGCACAUGACUCGCGGGGCCGGGGUGCUGCAUCGCCGGGCGGAGGCGCGGUGGAGUCGGGCGGACCUUUCCCGCCGGCGGAACUAAAGCGCGAGGUUGCGGGGCGGUGGGGACUGUCGCCGGUGGCACCGCUCCGCGCUCUCCCUUCGCCGGCCGCAGCGGGACGCGGCCCGACAUGCUGCUGCUGCGGGCUGCCGGCUGCCGGCGCGCCGCCGCCCCGGCCGCCGCCGCCGCCUGGCUGCGGGGUGCCGCUCACCGCGGGUCCUCGGUCGUCUGCCGCAACCGGGCGGCCCUGCCCGUCGACGGGGCCCAGCAGGUUACAUCUUUUCUAGGAGUGGCUGUUCGCAGCCUCUGCACAUCCUCCCCUCAUGAACACCCAGAACAUGGAAGAUUAGUUUAUAAAGGAAAUUUGGCAAAGGCAGUGUUAGGUGUGAGGUUUUUCUCUUACUCCACCAGCAUAUUCAACCUGUUCAUGAUGCCGUACAUCAUGCUCAAAACUGGUAUUGGAUUUGAAAGCCUGUUUAUACAAGCUGCCUUCUAUGGGUUGAUCGGGUUUUUUACUUUUGUAACACCGGUUACUUUGCAUGUCCUUACAAAAGGCUAUGUGAUUCGACUCUAUUAUAAAGAUGAAAUGGACACCUAUACAGCCAUUACAUAUAAUGCGAUCUUGGCAGAAAAAGCAACUGUUUUCCAUCAGAAAGAUGUAAAGAUUCCAGACAUCACCAAGAUGUUUACAACAUUUUACGCCAAAACGAAAUCAAUGCUUGUAAAUCCAACGCUUUUCCCGAAUCCUCAGGAUUAUAACCAUCUUAUGGGCUAUGACAAAUCCCUUUAUUUUAACUUAGAGGAGGAGGAGAAGGAAGCUGAUGAAAGGAAAUAAUUUGAAGAUAAUGAAUGUCACUAUCCUUGUCCAUGGUGUGGCUAUAUAUGUGAAAGAAUGUAAAAUUCUAUUACACUUUCUUAAGUAUCAGAUAGCUAGAGUUCCCCAAAUGCACUUUGGAAUGUAUUAAAAAACUCCAUUUUUUUUAAACUUGUAAACAAUGUGAGGGUUUUCUUCAGAGUUAAUGACACAAAACAUAGUAAAAAUAUAUGCUUAGAUCUGUCUUGUGCUUGUUUAUUCUUGGCUUGGUUUUGUUGUUAACUGUCCAGGAGAACUGUAAAAUGCAUGGGCUCUGUGGCAAUCUCACCAUCUCCAUUUUAAAAGGAACCAUUCAUAUAAAAAAUCUUCAGUACUCAUUACCUGUCAAGUACAUAGUUAAGCUUUUAAGCCUUAAAGAUUAAUUGUACUUAAUGCAAAAAGAUCGGGCUUUUCCUCCAUUGUGCUGGUGGUACAAAGGGAGUGGAGAUGGCCUUCCCUUCCCUUUGUGAGAGCAGUGGUAGCCAGGAGGAGUCUUCAGAAAGCUGACAGGUAUUGUUGCUAGCAGGAUAACGCAAUAAUCUCUAUUUACUCCCAGCUACUAACUGGUUUCUUAAGCUAGAGUCCCACUCCCAGCAACCCUGUCCCCAGAGGUGGAGAACAAGAAGCCACUUUUCUUGGGUGGGGGGAAGCACCUUAGCGUAAGAUUUGCUCUGUGAAUAUCCCAUCAAAAACUUGCUGUAUUUGAACCGACUUAAAGAAAAUACUAGCAGCUACUGGUUGGAAUGACUCUCAGUAUUUGUGUAAGAUGGGGAAGCAAAAGGGAAUCUCCUGUAAAGUACUGUUUAGAUCUUGUGCCUUUAAAAAACAUACCUCUUGAUUUUUUAGCACUGCAAAGAAAGCCAUGUUUAGCUCAGGUAAAAAGAGGAUUAGAUCUUUUUGCGUGACUAGACUGGUUAAAUUAGUUCUGCGCUCGAAGUAUGCGGAAAUUGUAUUUAAAUGUUUUUAGCCCAAGGAGAGGUUUAUCAUGUAAACUGACAGAUACUUGUUUUCAAAUAAUGAAGGGCCUAAAUAUUUUGAGGCUUAAAAAUUACUGACUUUAAAAAGAAAAAAAAAGACAAAAUUAAAAUGAAUCAUUUUCUAUUAGCAGUUCACUUUGUAAUAAAUAAAUGUGAUGCUUGCUACUAAUUAAGUCAGCCUGAUACUGCAAAUAAAAAAUAAUUAUAGCUACUUUUACAGGUGUUUCCUAAGUUCUAGUAAAAAAAAAAUGCAUUUAAAAGCCUACCUGUCUUCCAAGACUAUUUCAGUUUCCUGUCAGAGGGUGACACUAUAGAUCAUAUUAAAAUAUCAGUGUUUUUAAUUGUUGUUGUUCUGACUGUUGAAACAGCUCUUGAUGUACUUGCUGAGUAAUUAAAAAGCAAAUCAUCCCAUCCAGGUAUUUUUUAGGCAAUUCUUUUGUGUUGCCACAGUGGGAUUUUGCCCCAUUAAGCCAGUAUCACUUUAUAGGUAACAGUCAUAUAAAAAAAUGAUAUUGAUGUGAGGCCAGUAACAAGCGAUUCUGAUCACCUGGUUGUACUACUUGUCCUUAUUGAAUUGAUGUUUUACAACUAAUUAAAAAUAAUCUUUCCAUUCUUUCCA